AUGAAGAGCGAAUCUGUGGUAAUUAUUGGUGCUGGCAUCAUUGGACUGAAUGUUGCUCUUGUUCUUGCUGAGCAGGGCUAUGCCAGCCAAACAACCAUCAUAGCUGAGCACCUCCCGGGUGAUACAUCCAUAAACUAUACUUCGCCAUGGGCUGGCGCAAACUUCUCUGCCCUUUCUGCGAGUGAUAAGAAUGCCUUGCGAUGGGAUCAACUCGGGUACAAGCACCUUCUUAAACUUGCAGCACAAGAUAGCAUGAAGGCAUUUGUUCGGGAAACUCCUUCUACCGAGUACUGGGAUGAAAUGCCGUCGCGCACAAAGCUCGAUUCCAUGGCUAGCUAUCUGAAGGACUACAAAGAGAUUCCCCAGAAAGAUCUACCAGAGGGUGUUGCAUGUGGUGUCAAAUUCACCACAGUAACUCUCAAUGCCCCAAUGCACAUUCGCUACCUCCUUCAAAGACUCAGACAGGAGUACGGUGUGCGGGUCAUCCGCAAAAAGGUCUCGGGUGUCACCUCAGGAUUCCUCAGCAAGGAUACAAAGGUGGUCUUUAACUGCACCGGUAACGCUGCUCGUACCUUAAAGGGAGUCGAGGACCCUAAGUGCUACCCCACCAGAGGCCAGAUUCUGCUUGCGAAGGCAACACACAUCGAUCAAAAUGUGAUGAGACACGGAAAGGAUUAUGAAACAUAUAUCAUCCCUCGACCACACUCGAAGGGUAAUGUCAUUCUUGGUGGAUAUAUGCAGAAGGGAGUCGGCUUGCCUGAUACACUGGGAGAAGAGACCGAGUCUAUAUUAUCCCGCACCAAGGCCAUGUUACCAGAGCUUGAGUCACCCAAUACAGAAAUCCUUGCAGCAUUUGCAGGCUUGCGCCCAUCACGAGAGGGAGGUGCGCGAGUUGCCAGUGAAGUCGUGCAAAUUGAUGGUUCGGAGCGAAAGGGCCUCGUUGUUCACAACUACGGCGCUGGGGGAACUGGAUUCCAAGCUGGAUAUGGAAUGGCAGUUGAUGCCGUUGGAUGCGCGUUGGGUGAACUUGAAAAACUUCAGGCCAAAUCGUCUCUCUAG